AUGAUUGUUGUAGCCAGUGACCAGAUCAGACUGGUGAAUGGAGAUGACCCAUGCUCUGGCAGAGUGGAGAUCUACCAUGAUGGUCAGUGGGGAACGGUGUGUGAUGACAUCUGGGACCUAGACAACGCUGAGGUGGUGUGUAGACAGGUGGGCUGUGGCAGAGCUGUGGCUGCUCAAAGCUCUGCCCACUUUGGAGAGGGCAGCGGGCCCAUCUGGUUGGAUGAUGUGAGGUGUUCAGGAAGUGAAUCUGCCCUGACACAGUGCCAGCACCUUGGGUUUGGGUCACACAACUGUGGUCACAAUGAAGAUGCUGGCGUGGUUUGCUCAGCCAGUGACCAGAUCAGACUGGUGAAUGGAGAUGACCCAUGCUCUGGCAGAGUGGAGAUCUACCAUGAUGGUCAGUGGGGAACGGUGUGUGAUGACAUCUGGGACCUAGACAACGCUGAGGUGGUGUGUAGACAGGUGGGCUGUGGCAGAGCUGUGGCUGCUCAAAGCUCUGCCCACUUUAGAGAGGGCAGCGGGCCCAUCUGGUUGGAUGAUGUGAGGUGUUCAGGAAGUGAAUCUGCCCUGACACAGUGCCAGCACCUUGGGUUUGGGUCACACAACUGUGGUCACAAUGAAGAUGCUGGCGUGGUUUGCUCAGCCAGUGACCAGAUCAGACUGGUGAAUGGAGAUGACCCAUGCUCUGGCAGAGUGGAGAUCUACCAUGAUGGUCAGUGGGGAACGGUGUGUGAUGACAUCUGGGACCUAGACAACGCUGAGGUGGUGUGUAGACAGGUGGGCUGUGGCAGAGCUGUGGCUGCUCAAAGCUCUGCCCACUUUGGAGAGGGCAGCGGGCCCAUCUGGUUGGAUGAUGUGAGGUGUUCAGGAAGUGAAUCUGCCCUGACACAGUGCCAGCACCCUGGGUUUGGGUCACACAACUGUGGUCACAAUGAAGAUGCUGGCGUGGUUUGCUCAGCCAGUGACCAGAUCAGACUGGUGAAUGGUGAUGACCCAUGCUCUGGCAGAGUGGAGAUCUACCAUGAUGGCCAGUGGGGAACAGUGUGUGAUGAAUUCUGGGACAUGAACAACGCUGAGGUGGUGUGUAGACAGGUGGGCUGUGGCAGAGCUGUGGCUGCUCAAAGCAGUGCCCAAUUUGGCCAGGGCAGUGGGCCCAUCUGGUUGGAUGAUGUGAGAUGCUCUGGAAACGAAUCUGCCCUGACACAGUGCCAGCACCCUGGGUUUGGGUCACACAACUGUAGUCAGCAUGAAGAUGCUCAUGUGGUUUGCUCAGCGAUCAGACUGGAGAAUGGAGAUGAUGAGUGCUCUGGCAGAGUGGAGAUCUACCAUGAUGGUCAGUGGGGAACGGUGUGUGAUGACAUCUGGGACCUAGACAACGCUGAGGUGGUGUGUAGACAGUUGGGCUGUGGCAGAGCUGUGGCUGCUCAAAGCUCUGCCCACUUUGGACAGGGCAGCGGGCCCAUCUGGUUGGAUGAUGUGAGGUGUUCAGGAAGUGAAUCUGCCCUGACACAGUGCCAGCACCCUGGGUUUGGGUCACACAACUGUGGUCACAAUGAAGAUGCUGGCGUGGUUUGCUCAGCCAGUGACCAGAUCAGACUGGUGAAUGGAGAUGACCCAUGCUCUGGCAGAGUGGAGAUCUACCAUGAUGGUCAGUGGGGAACGGUGUGUGAUGACAUCUGGGACCUAGACAACGCUGAGGUGGUGUGUAGACAGGUGGGCUGUGGCAGAGCUGUGGCUGCUCAAAGCUCUGCCCACUUUGGAGAGGGCAGCGGGCCCAUCUGGUUGGAUGAUGUGAGGUGUUCAGGAAGUGAAUCUGCCCUGACACAGUGCCAGCACCCUGGGUUUGGGUCACACAACUGUGGUCACAAUGAAGAUGCUGGCGUGGUUUGCUCAGCCAGUGACCAGAUCAGACUGGUGAAUGGAGAUGACCCAUGCUCUGGCAGAGUGGAGAUCUACCAUGAUGGCCAGUGGGGAACAGUGUGUGAUGAAUUCUGGGACAUGAACAACGCUGAGGUGGUGUGUAGACAGGUGGGCUGUGGCAGAGCUGUGGCUGCUCAAAGCAGUGCCCAAUUUGGCCAGGGCAGUGGGCCCAUCUGGUUGGAUGAUGUGAGAUGCUCUGGAAACGAAUCUGCCCUGACACAGUGCCAGCACCCUGGGUUUGGGUCACACAACUGUAGUCAGCAUGAAGAUGCUCAUGUGGUUUGCUCAGCGAUCAGACUGGAGAAUGGAGAUGAUGAGUGCUCUGGCAGAGUGGAGAUCUACCAUGAUGGUCAGUGGGGAACGGUGUGUGAUGACAUCUGGGACCUAGACAACGCUGAGGUGGUGUGUAGACAGUUGGGCUGUGGCAGAGCUGUGGCUGCUCAAAGCUCUGCCCACUUUGGACAGGGCAGCGGGCCCAUCUGGUUGGAUGAUGUGAGGUGUUCAGGAAGUGAAUCUGCCCUGACACAGUGCCAGCACCCUGGGUUUGGGUCACACAACUGUGGUCACAAUGAAGAUGCUGGCGUGGUUUGCUCAGGGAGUAGUUCCAUAAAUGCAAGUUUGGUGAAUACAACACCAGCCCUAAUACCUGGUAUCAACGUCAGUUCAGAAGCAUCAAGCUCAACAAGUUCCAGCGGCAGUAUCACAACAUCAUUUCCCGGAUCCAACCUUACCAGUGCUGCCAACAAUGUCACAUUUCCAGUGACCUCUUUGACCACCAGUGACCAGAUCAGACUGGUGAAUGGAGAUGACCCAUGCUCUGGCAGAGUGGAGAUCUACCAUGAUGGUCAGUGGGGAACGGUGUGUGAUGACAUCUGGGACCUAGACAACGCUGAGGUGGUGUGUAGACAGGUGGGCUGUGGCAGAGCUGUGGCUGCUCAAAGCUCUGCCCACUUUGGACAGGGCAGCGGGCCCAUCUGGUUGGAUGAUGUGAGGUGUUCAGGAAGUGAAUCUGCCCUGACACAGUGCCAGCACCCUGGGUUUGGGUCACACAACUGUGGUCACAAUGAAGAUGCUGGCGUGGUUUGCUCAGCCAGUGACCAGAUCAGACUGGUGAAUGGAGAUGACCCAUGCUCUGGCAGAGUGGAGAUCUACCAUGAUGGCCAGUGGGGAACAGUGUGUGAUGAAUUCUGGGACAUGAACAACGCUGAGGUGGUGUGUAGACAGGUGGGCUGUGGCAGAGCUGUGGCUGCUCAAAGCAGUGCCCAAUUUGGCCAGGGCAGUGGGCCCAUCUGGUUGGAUGAUGUGAGAUGCUCUGGAAACGAAUCUGCCCUGACACAGUGCCAGCACCCUGUGUUUGGGUCACACAACUGUAGUCAGCAUGAAGAUGCUCAUGUGGUUUGCUCAGGUAGGAAAUCUUCUAUAGCGAUCAGACUGGAGAAUGGAGAUGAUGAGUGCUCUGGCAGAGUGGAGAUCUACCAUGAUGGUCAGUGGGGAACGGUGUGUGAUGACAUCUGGGACCUAGACAACGCUGAGGUGGUGUGUAGACAGUUGGGCUGUGGCAGAGCUGUGGCUGCUCAAAGCUUUGCCCACUUUGGACAGGGCAGCGGGCCCAUCUGGUUGGAUGAUGUGAGGUGUUCAGGAAGUGAAUCUGCCCUGACACAGUGCCAGCACCCUGGGUUUGGGUCACACAACUGUGGUCACAAUGAAGAUGCUGGCGUGGUUUGCUCAGGGAGUAGUUCCAUAAAUGCAAGUUUGGUGAAUACAACACAAGCCCUAAUACCUGGUAUCAACGUCAGUUCAGAAGCAUCAAGCUCAACAAGUUCCAACGGCAGUAUCACAACAUCAUUUCCCGGAUCCAACCUUACCAGUGCUGCCAACAAUGUCGCAUUUCCAGUGACCUCUUUAACCACCAGUGACCAGAUCAGACUGGUGAAUGGAGAUGACCCAUGCUCUGGCAGAGUGGAGAUCUACCAUGAUAGCCAGUGGGGAACGGUGUGUGAUGACUUCUGGGACAUGAACAACGCUGAGGUGGUGUGUAGACAGUUGGGCUGUGGCAAAGCUCUGGCUGCUCAAAACAGUGCCCACUUUGGACAGGGCAGCGGGCCCAUCUGGUUGGAUGAUGUGAGGUGCUCUGCAAAUGAAUCUGCCCUGACACAGUGCCAGCACCCUGGGUUUGGGUCACACAACUGUGGUCACCAUGAAGAUGCUGGUGUGGUUUGCUCAGGGAGUAGUUCCAUAAAUGCAAGUUUGGUGAAUACAACACAAGCCCUAAUACCUGGUAUCAACGUCAGUUCAGAAGCAUCAAGCUCAACAAGUUCCAACGGCAGUAUCACAACAUCAUUUCCCGGAUCCAACCUUACCAGUGCUGCCAACAAUGUCGCAUUUCCAGUGACCUCUUUAACCACCAGUGACCAGAUCAGACUGGUGAAUGGAGAUGACCCAUGCUCUGGCAGAGUGGAGAUCUACCAUGAUAGCCAGUGGGGAACGGUGUGUGAUGACUUCUGGGACAUGAACAACGCUGAGGUGGUGUGUAGACAGUUGGGCUGUGGCAAAGCUCUGGCUGCUCAAAACAGUGCCCACUUUGGACAGGGCAGCGGGCCCAUCUGGUUGGAUGAUGUGAGGUGCUCUGCAAAUGAAUCUGCCCUGACACAGUGCCAGCACCCUGGGUUUGGGUCACACAACUGUGGUCACCAUGAAGAUGCUGGUGUGGUUUGCUCAGGGAGUAGUUCCAUAAAUGCAAGUUUGGUGAAUACAACACAAGCCCUAAUACCUGGUAUCAACGUCAGUUCAGAAGCAUCAAGCUCAACAAGUUCCAACGGCAGUAUCACAACAUCAUUUCCCGGAUCCAACCUUACCAGUGCUGCCAACAAUGUCGCAUUUCCAGUGACCUCUUUAACCACCAGUGACCAGAUCAGACUGGUGAAUGGAGAUGACCCAUGCUCUGGCAGAGUGGAGAUCUACCAUGAUGGUCAGUGGGGAACGGUGUGUGAUGACAUCUGGGACCUAGACAACGCUGAGGUGGUGUGUAGACAGGUGGGCUGUGGCAGAGCUGUGGCUGCUCAAAGCUCUGCCCACUUUGGACAGGGCAGCGGGCCCAUCUGGUUGGAUGAUGUGAGGUGUUCAGGAAGUGAAUCUGCCCUGACACAGUGCCAGCACCCUGGGUUUGGGUCACACAACUGUGGUCACAAUGAAGAUGCUGGCGUGGUUUGCUCAGCCAGUGACCAGAUCAGACUGGUGAAUGGAGAUGACCCAUGCUCUGGCAGAGUGGAGAUCUACCAUGAUGGCCAGUGGGGAACAGUGUGUGAUGAAUUCUGGGACAUGAACAACGCUGAGGUGGUGUGUAGACAGGUGGGCUGUGGCAGAGCUGUGGCUGCUCAAAGCAGUGCCCAAUUUGGCCAGGGCAGUGGGCCCAUCUGGUUGGAUGAUGUGAGAUGCUCUGGAAACGAAUCUGCCCUGACACAGUGCCAGCACCCUGGGUUUGGGUCACACAACUGUAGUCAGCAUGAAGAUGCUCAUGUGGUUUGCUCAGGUAGGAAAUCUUCUAUGCUUUCGAUCAGACUGGAGAAUGGAGAUGAUGAGUGCUCUGGCAGAGUGGAGAUCUACCAUGAUGGUCAGUGGGGAACGGUGUGUGAUGACAUCUGGGACCUAGACAACGCUGAGGUGGUGUGUAGACAGUUGGGCUGUGGCAGAGCUGUGGCUGCUCAAAGCUUUGCCCACUUUGGACAGGGCAGCGGGCCCAUCUGGUUGGAUGAUGUGAGGUGUUCAGGAAGUGAAUCUGCCCUGACACAGUGCCAGCACCCUGGGUUUGGGUCACACAACUGUGGUCACAAUGAAGAUGCUGGCGUGGUUUGCUCAGGGAGUAGUUCCAUAAAUGCAAGUUUGGUGAAUACAACACAAGCCCUAAUACCUGGUAUCAACGUCAGUUCAGAAGCAUCAAGCUCAACAAGUUCCAACGGCAGUAUCACAACAUCAUUUCCCGGAUCCAACCUUACCAGUGCUGCCAACAAUGUCGCAUUUCCAGUGACCUCUUUAACCACCAGUGACCAGAUCAGACUGGUGAAUGGAGAUGACCCAUGCUCUGGCAGAGUGGAGAUCUACCAUGAUAGCCAGUGGGGAACGGUGUGUGAUGACUUCUGGGACAUGAACAACGCUGAGGUGGUGUGUAGACAGUUGGGCUGUGGCAAAGCUCUGGCUGCUCAAAACAGUGCCCACUUUGGACAGGGCAGCGGGCCCAUCUGGUUGGAUGAUGUGAGGUGCUCUGCAAAUGAAUCUGCCCUGACACAGUGCCAGCACCCUGGGUUUGGGUCACACAACUGUGGUCACCAUGAAGAUGCUGGUGUGGUUUGCUCAGGGAGUAGUUCCAUAAAUGCAAGUUUGGUGAAUACAACACAAGCCCUAAUACCUGGUAUCAACGUCAGUUCAGAAGCAUCAAGCUCAACAAGUUCCAACGGCAGUAUCACAACAUCAUUUCCCGGAUCCAACCUUACCAGUGCUGCCAACAAUGUCGCAUUUCCAGUGACCUCUUUAACCACCAGUGACCAGAUCAGACUGGUGAAUGGAGAUGACCCAUGCUCUGGCAGAGUGGAGAUCUACCAUGAUAGCCAGUGGGGAACGGUGUGUGAUGACUUCUGGGACAUGAACAACGCUGAGGUGGUGUGUAGACAGUUGGGCUGUGGCAAAGCUCUGGCUGCUCAAAACAGUGCCCACUUUGGACAGGGCAGCGGGCCCAUCUGGUUGGAUGAUGUGAGGUGCUCUGCAAAUGAAUCUGCCCUGACACAGUGCCAGCACCCUGGGUUUGGGUCACACAACUGUGGUCACCAUGAAGAUGCUGGUGUGGUUUGCUCAGGGAGUAGUUCCAUAAAUGCAAGUUUGGUGAAUACAACACAAGCCCUAAUACCUGGUAUCAACGUCAGUUCAGAAGCAUCAAGCUCAACAAGUUCCAACGGCAGUAUCACAACAUCAUUUCCCGGAUCCAACCUUACCAGUGCUGCCAACAAUGUCGCAUUUCCAGUGACCUCUUUAACCACCAGUGACCAGAUCAGACUGGUGAAUGGAGAUGACCCAUGCUCUGGCAGAGUGGAGAUCUACCAUGAUAGCCAGUGGGGAACGGUGUGUGAUGACUUCUGGGACAUGAACAACGCUGAGGUGGUGUGUAGACAGUUGGGCUGUGGCAAAGCUCUGGCUGCUCAAAACAGUGCCCACUUUGGACAGGGCAGCGGGCCCAUCUGGUUGGAUGAUGUGAGGUGCUCUGCAAAUGAAUCUGCCCUGACACAGUGCCAGCACCCUGGGUUUGGGUCACACAACUGUGGUCACCAUGAAGAUGCUGGUGUGGUUUGCUCAGGGAGUAGUUCCAUAAAUGCAAGUUUGGUGAAUACAACACAAGCCCUAAUACCUGGUAUCAACGUCAGUUCAGAAGCAUCAAGCUCAACAAGUUCCAACGGCAGUAUCACAACAUCAUUUCCCGGAUCCAACCUUACCAGUGCUGCCAACAAUGUCGCAUUUCCAGUGACCUCUUUAACCACCAGUGACCAGAUCAGACUGGUGAAUGGAGAUGACCCAUGCUCUGGCAGAGUGGAGAUCUACCAUGAUAGCCAGUGGGGAACGGUGUGUGAUGACUUCUGGGACAUGAACAACGCUGAGGUGGUGUGUAGACAGUUGGGCUGUGGCAAAGCUCUGGCUGCUCAAAACAGUGCCCACUUUGGACAGGGCAGCGGGCCCAUCUGGUUGGAUGAUGUGAGGUGCUCUGCAAAUGAAUCUGCCCUGACACAGUGCCAGCACCCUGGGUUUGGGUCACACAACUGUGGUCACCAUGAAGAUGCUGGUGUGGUUUGCUCAGGGAGUAGUUCCAUAAAUGCAAGUUUGGUGAAUACAACACAAGCCCUAAUACCUGGUAUCAACGUCAGUUCAGAAGCAUCAAGCUCAACAAGUUCCAACGGCAGUAUCACAACAUCAUUUCCCGGAUCCAACCUUACCAGUGCUGCCAACAAUGUCGCAUUUCCAGUGACCUCUUUAACCACCAGUGACCAGAUCAGACUGGUGAAUGGAGAUGACCCAUGCUCUGGCAGAGUGGAGAUCUACCAUGAUGGUCAGUGGGGAACGGUGUGUGAUGACAUCUGGGACCUAGACAACGCUGAGGUGGUGUGUAGACAGGUGGGCUGUGGCAGAGCUGUGGCUGCUCAAAGCUCUGCCCACUUUGGACAGGGCAGCGGGCCCAUCUGGUUGGAUGAUGUGAGGUGUUCAGGAAGUGAAUCUGCCCUGACACAGUGCCAGCACCCUGGGUUUGGGUCACACAACUGUGGUCACAAUGAAGAUGCUGGCGUGGUUUGCUCAGGGAGUAGUUCCAUAAAUGCAAGUUUGGUGAAUACAACACAAGCCCUAAUACCUGGUAUCAACGUCAGUUCAGAAGCAUCAAGCUCAACAAGUUCCAACGGCAGUAUCACAACAUCAUUUCCCGGAUCCAACCUUACCAGUGCUGCCAACAAUGUCGCAUUUCCAGUGACCUCUUUAACCACCAGUGACCAGAUCAGACUGGUGAAUGGAGAUGACCCAUGCUCUGGCAGAGUGGAGAUCUACCAUGAUAGCCAGUGGGGAACGGUGUGUGAUGACUUCUGGGACAUGAACAACGCUGAGGUGGUGUGUAGACAGUUGGGCUGUGGCAAAGCUCUGGCUGCUCAAAACAGUGCCCACUUUGGACAGGGCAGCGGGCCCAUCUGGUUGGAUGAUGUGAGGUGCUCUGCAAAUGAAUCUGCCCUGACACAGUGCCAGCACCCUGGGUUUGGGUCACACAACUGUGGUCACCAUGAAGAUGCUGGUGUGGUUUGCUCAGGGAGUAGUUCCAUAAAUGCAAGUUUGGUGAAUACAACACAAGCCCUAAUACCUGGUAUCAACGUCAGUUCAGAAGCAUCAAGCUCAACAAGUUCCAACGGCAGUAUCACAACAUCAUUUCCCGGGUCCAACCUUACCAGUGCUGCCAACAAUGUCGCAUUUCCAGUGACCUCUUUAACCACCAGUGACCAGAUCAGACUGGUGAAUGGAGAUGACCCAUGCUCUGGCAGAGUGGAGAUCUACCAUGAUAGCCAGUGGGGAACGGUGUGUGAUGACUUCUGGGACAUGAACAACGCUGAGGUGGUGUGUAGACAGUUGGGCUGUGGCAAAGCUCUGGCUGCUCAAAACAGUGCCCACUUUGGACAGGGCAGCGGGCCCAUCUGGUUGGAUGAUGUGAGGUGCUCUGCAAAUGAAUCUGCCCUGACACAGUGCCAGCACCCUGGGUUUGGGUCACACAACUGUGGUCACCAUGAAGAUGCUGGUGUGGUUUGCUCAGGGAGUAGUUCCAUAAAUGCAAGUUUGGUGAAUACAACACAAGCCCUAAUACCUGGUAUCAACGUCAGUUCAGAAGCAUCAAGCUCAACAAGUUCCAACGGCAGUAUCACAACAUCAUUUCCCGGGUCCAACCUUACCAGUGCUGCCAACAAUGUCGCAUUUCCAGUGACCUCUUUAACCACCAGUGACCAGAUCAGACUGGUGAAUGGAGAUGACCCAUGCUCUGGCAGAGUGGAGAUCUACCAUGAUAGCCAGUGGGGAACGGUGUGUGAUGACUUCUGGGACAUGAACAACGCUGAGGUGGUGUGUAGACAGUUGGGCUGUGGCAAAGCUCUGGCUGCUCAAAACAGUGCCCACUUUGGACAGGGCAGCGGGCCCAUCUGGUUGGAUGAUGUGAGGUGCUCUGCAAAUGAAUCUGCCCUGACACAGUGCCAGCACCCUGGGUUUGGGUCACACAACUGUGGUCACCAUGAAGAUGCUGGUGUGGUUUGCUCAGGGAGUAGUUCCAUAAAUGCAAGUUUGGUGAAUACAACACAAGCCCUAAUACCUGGUAUCAACGUCAGUUCAGAAGCAUCAAGCUCAACAAGUUCCAACGGCAGUAUCACAACAUCAUUUCCCGGAUCCAACCUUACCAGUGCUGCCAACAAUGUCGCAUUUCCAGUGACCUCUUUAACCACCAGUGACCAGAUCAGACUGGUGAAUGGAGAUGACCCAUGCUCUGGCAGAGUGGAGAUCUACCAUGAUAGCCAGUGGGGAACGGUGUGUGAUGACUUCUGGGACAUGAACAACGCUGAGGUGGUGUGUAGACAGUUGGGCUGUGGCAAAGCUCUGGCUGCUCAAAACAGUGCCCACUUUGGACAGGGCAGCGGGCCCAUCUGGUUGGAUGAUGUGAGGUGCUCUGCAAAUGAAUCUGCCCUGACACAGUGCCAGCACCCUGGGUUUGGGUCACACAACUGUGGUCACCAUGAAGAUGCUGGUGUGGUUUGCUCAGCCAGUGGCCAGACCAAUCCAGUGAAUGAGGAUAAUCAAUGUCCUGGAAGCCUGGAGAUCUACAAUGAAGGCCAGUCGAGAACAGUGUGUGAUGACAUCAGGGACAUAAUGACGUUUAUGUCCCUAUUCAUUAUUAACUCCAGUGCCCAGAUCAGGCUGGUGAAUGGAAGUGAUCAGUGCUCUGGCAGAGUGGAGAUCUACCAUGAUGACCAAUGGGGAACAGUGUGUGAUGACACCUGGAACAUAAACAACGCUGAGGUGGUGUGUAGACAUCUGGGUUGUGGCAGAGCUAUGGCUGUCCCAGACAGUGCCCACUUUGGACAGGGCAGUGGGCCCAUCUGGUUGACUGAUGUGAGGUGCUCUGGAAACGAAUCCUCCCUGACACAGUGCCAGCACUCAGGGUUUGGGACUCACAACUGUAGUCACCAUGAAGAGGCUUGUGUGGUUUGCUCAGGUAGGAAAUCUUCUCUUAUGUUUCCAUAAUUGCCUUAAAUUGACUGUU